GUGGAAAUGCUCCGUCCAGAUCCAUAAAGGACCGACGUUUGGUUAAUAUGAACUUAUUGCCAAGUGGAAUAUGUUUUUAUUUAUCUGUAGCAAUGUGCUGGCUGACGGCCGAGGUCGAUGCGUCCUGGUGGUACAUGGGCACGCUGGGCUCCCAGGUGAUGUGCGACAACAUCCCUGGUCUGGUGAACAAGCAGCGCCAGUUGUGCCGCCAGCACCCCAAAGUGAUGCAGGCCAUUGGGGCCGGGAUGAAGGACUGGAUCUCAGAGUGCCAGCACCAAUUCCGCAACCACCGCUGGAACUGCAACACCACGGCCAGAGACCACAACCUGUUCGGACGCCUGCUGCUGCGCAGCAGCCGCGAGGUGGCCUUCAUGUACGCCAUCUCCUCGGCCGGUGUGGUUUACACGUUGGCUCGAGCCUGCAGCCAAGGCGAGCUGGACUCCUGCUCCUGCGAUCCCACGAAGAAAGGCUCGUCGCAGGACGCCAAAGGCUCUUUCGACUGGGGCGGCUGCAGUGACCACGUGGAGCACGCCAUGCGCUUCAGCCAGGGCUUUGUCGACGCCAAGGAGAAGAAGGAGAGGGACGCCCGGGCGCUCAUGAACCUGCACAACAACCGAGCCGGCAGGAAGGUGAGAACAUGCCACCAUACAUGGACGGAGUAG